AUGUCGAACUUCGUUAAAACGCGCGAUUCUGCGCUCAAUGCCAUCAAGCGAUAUAUGGCUAAGAGCACUGACGAAGCAUUUUUAAUGGACGCAGAAAGUGUUAAAAGUUAUCUGCAACUCCUUAACGAACAGUGGGCUCGUUUCAAUACCGCUCAUGACGCGGUAGAACUCUCGUGCGGAAGUGAUAAUACAGAGGUCGAAGAAAAUGUGCGAAUUCAAGCCGAGACUUGGUAUUCUACGGCUUUAGCCAAUUUUAAUCGCGUACAGAAGUGUCGUACCGAAUCACACCCCUCGCCCGCUCAAAUGCCAGUGUCUGCAUCGAUACGUCUGCCCAAAAUGGAGCUGCCUACAUUCUCGGGUGACUCCACAGAAUGGAUUGGUUUUUUUGAUGCAUUUUCUUCGCUGGUGGAUAGUAAUGCCGCAUUGUCGCACGGACAAAAGCUGCACUAUCUCCGUAGUUGUUUGAAAGGUGACGCUUUAAAAAUUAUAAGUGGCUUCAAAAUAUGUGACGCUAAUUACGAUGAAGCUUGGGACCUUUUGAAAUCGCGCUAUAAGGUCAUGCGGGUAAUAGUGGAAGGGCAUCUCAGAGCUAUGGCCGAUGUUAAAAAGGCUACUAGUGAUACUGCUGACACAAUAAAAAGUGUAAUCGACGCAUUUCAACAACACAUACGCGAACUUAAGGCUUUAGGUCGACCAGUAGAGUUUUGGGACGAUUGGUUGGUACACGAAGUAGUAAACAAAUUAGCAUUCGAGACGCGUAAACAGUGGGAGCUAUCACUCGUCAGUGAUGAGCCUCCGUCGUUCGAGCAGCUGUCCACGUUUUUGGAAGUUAGGUGUCGGUCUCUGGCCAUGCUUUCGUCGUCAACAUCACUACCCACCAAGGGUAAAACCACUUCAGCGAGCAAGUCCACGAAUGUGUUUCACGCAGUGCAGGAACAAAACAGCUCAGGUUGUACCUAUUGUAAAGGUCCUCACAAAAUAUAUAGUUGUGAUAAGUUUCGCAACCUGGACUCAAACGCGAAAUCGAAGUUUGUCAGAGAAGCGCGCGUGUGUACGAACUGCUUAAGCUCCGGUCAUUACAAGGCAAAAUGUAAUAGCUCCUCUGCAUGCAGGAUCUGCCAGCAACGUCAUCACACGCUGCUGCAUAAUGCCUCCUCUACAACUAACGUCACAACCACCGCUCAUUUUGUCAACAAUGCGUCUCCUGUCACGCCAUCCCCUCUCGCACCGAAUGCCGCACUACAAUCAAACGCAAACACUUCAUCCGCUAUCGCCUCGUCCACAGGCUCCGCUGCUGCAUGGACAUCCUCGUAUUUGAAUGCUAGCUCCAACCCGCCGCGUCCAAAAGACAGAACUGUGCUAUUGGCUACCGCCCUAGUCAAAGUCCGCGAUUGUUGUGGUCAUUGGCAAACCGCGCGCUUGCUGUUUGAUUCCGGCUCGCAUGCGUCCUUCGUAACUGAGGCAUGUGUACAACGUCUAGGUCUACCACGAAAAGCGUCCGCAGUAUCCAUUACUGGCAUCGGUUCGUCGCAAGGAGGCCGCUCUAGAGGUGAGGUAUUACUUUCAUUGUCGUCUUAUUGUUUAGAUGAAUGCUUCCCUAUCAACGCGUUAAUCUUACCCAAGAUUACAAGCGACUUGCCCACACAGACUUUGUCAGUUUUAGCGUGGCCGCAUGUGCAAGGCUUAUUCUUAGCCGAUCCGCAGUUCAUGAAACCCGGGCGUAUCGACAUUCUGGUUGGUAUGGACGUCAUGCAACAGCUCCUUUGCUCAGAAGUCCGUAAGGGUCCACCUGGUACGCCGAUGACUCAGCGCACUGUCUUUGGUUGGACGCUAUUUGGAAGCGUCGACGGAAUAGAACCUGCUGCACCUCGCCUACAGUCGCUGCACUGCGAUGUCCAGUUGGAUAGAGCUCUUACUAGACUGUGGGAGUUAGAAGAAGCUCCGCAAAAGACCCACCUCACAUACGAAGAGCGUCACUGCGAAGAACUCUUCGAAACAACGCACCAAAGAGCACCUGACGGUCGCUUUGUAGUUGAACUGCCGCUGAAGACCGACGUACUUCUGGGCGAUUCGCGAAGUUAUGCUGUCCAAAGCCUACUACGCAUCGAGAGGCGCCUUGCUCGGGACGACGACCUGCGGCUACGCUACAAUGAGUUCAUGCAGGAACUUCUCGACAUGAAUCAUAUGGAGCUCGCACCAGAAUCAACGAAUCAAAUGUUUUACAUGCCGCAUCACCCUGUUGUAAAGGAUUCGAGCGUUACCACUAAGCUGAGGGUCGUUUUCAACGCGUCGGCUAAAACGGCCACCGGAAAUUCGCUGAACGACGCAUUAUUUGUCGGUCCUCAACUGCAGCAGGACUUAUUUUCAAUUUUAACGCGUUUUAGAACGCAUCGCUAUGCACUGACCGCGGACAUUGCGAAAAUGUACCGCCAAAUAUGCGUAGCACCGAAGCACAUUGAUCUACAGCGAAUUGUAUGGCGUCGAGAUCCGAGUUUACCCAUACAAGACUAUCGUAUGCUGCGCGUAACUUACGGCGUGGCAGCCGCGUCUCAUCUAGCUGUGAGAUCGCUACAACAAACCGCAAAAUAUUCGCACAUUUGUGAGAAAGCUUCUGCUGUCAUCCACAAAGACUUUUACAUGGACGAUCUCAUCACUGGUACAUCGUCCAAAGAAGAGCUGCUACUUUUACAGCAAAAUGUCUCCGAAAUCCUGAAAGAAGGUGGCUUCGAGCUUCGAAAGUGGGCAUCGAAUUGUGCGGAACUUUGCGAAAAAAUAUCAAAUGCAUCGAAAACAAUAUCUCACUACUUAGUCGACGGUGAGAAUGUCCACGCUUUGGGUCUAGUGUGGAAUACAGCAGAGGAUUACCUAACGUUCGUGGUUAAUUUGAAGAAGCCACCCGCUAUUUUAACGAAGAGAACCUUUCUAUCUGAUGCUAGCACGCUUUUCGAUCCUCUGGGACUGCUCGCUCCAGCGACGAUAAGAUCGAAAAUGUGGUUCCAGGAGAUUUGGCGUAACAAUGUUGGUUGGGAUGACGUCAUUCCUGACUCUACUGCAAUGAAGUGGUUGGAACAUCGCUCGGAGCUGCAACUUCUUUCGAACUUGAAGGUAACUCGCUGGAUUGGCUCAGGUGCAACUGGGUCAUUCACUGAGCUGCAUAUCUUUGCUGACGCGUCCGAACGAGCUUACGCCGCCGUUAUGUACGCGCGCACCUUGCAACCCGACGGCCGGGUCACUGUUGCGCUGAUCUCGUCGAAGUCCAAAGUAGCGCCGCUUAAAACAACAACGCUGCCCCGUCUAGAACUAUGCGCUGCGCAUCUCGCUGCUAAGUUGGUGCAAAGCGUGUUACACAGUUGGGACGAUCUCCGCUAUCCGCUGUAUGCCUGGACGGACUCCACAAUCACGUUGGCGUGGAUACAAGCGCAUCCUAGCAAAUGGCUGACGUUCAUCGCCAAUCGGGUCGCUGACAUUCAGGAAAUUCUUCCUCCUGAGUGUUGGAACCAUGUCCGCUCGGAACUGAAUCCAGCCGAUUGUGCCUCGAGAGGUAUAACUCCAUCUGAGCUGCAGCAUCAACAACUGUGGUGGACGGGCCCCGAAUUCUUGAAGAGCACUGACCAGUUCUGGAAACAAACCUCGUCUAAACAGCACACAACCGAGAUAGGCGUUCGAAGCAAAGUCGUUGCUCAUGUUACGAGCUCAAACGAGCACUGGCCUAUAAUGCUGAAGUAUUCGUCGUUUUCCAAACUGCGCCGUGUCAUCGCUUACGUGCUAAGGUUCUUUGUCAACGCUCGAGUGAAUACUCGGCUCAAUGCUGCUAGGCGAUUCGGUCCUCCGAGUUGUCAAGAGUUAUCCGAAGCUGAACUGCGCCUGAUCAGCGCAAAAAGGCCAAUCCCGCUUCGCAGCAGUCUUUUGCGCUUGCAGCCAUACCUCGAUGAGAAAAACGUCUUGCGUGUUGGAGGUCGUUUGAAGCAUGCUGCAGUUACUCCUGAUACCGUCUUGCAACGCCGAUACUGGCUUAUUGGUGCUCGCAGCCUUAUACGUAGCAUAUAUCAUAAAUGCGUGAAAUGCACCCGUUUAAACCGCAAUCUCGCCACACAAUCUAUGGGAGAUUUACCUGCAACUCGUACCACCUACGCUCGUUGCUUUACCCGCACCGCUGUCGACUUCGCUGGACCUUACUUAUAUAAGUUCACCCAUGGUAGAGGAGCGAAGGCGACCAAGGGCUACAUUUGCUCAUUUGUAUGCAUGUGCACUGGUGCCAUGCACUUGGAGUUUGUUGGAGACCUGUCAACACCAGCGUUUCUGAAUGCGCUCAAAAGAUUCAUAAGCCGCCGGGGCUACUGCAGAGUCAUGUCGUCUGACAACGGCACGAAUUUCGUCGGCGCUGAGAAAGAACUUCGAAUUGCAUUCCAGCGGUGCAUGGCAGAUGCUAAACUACGUUCGUUCUUUGCCGACUCAAACAUCGAGUGGCGUUUCAACCCUCCGUCUGCACCUCAUAUGGGUGGAUACUGGGAAACAGGCGUCAAGCGCAUUAAGUAUCACCUGAAACGCGUACUGGGUGCAACUCUACUGUCCUAUGAAGAGUUCAACACGCUGUUGACAGAAGUAGAGGCCUGCGUAAACUCCCGCCCGCUCUGUGACAACUCUGCAGAUGCUGAUGACUUAGAAGUCCUAACUCCUGGUCAUUUUAUUAUUGGCGAACCACUAAAGUCAAUCCCAGAACCUGAGGGUCAAGGGUUCUGUGGAAAUCUUCGUCAGCGGUGGCAAACUAUUUCUGCCAUGAGGCGACAUUUCUGGCGGCGUUGGAGAGACGAGUAUCUCGUCAGUCUACAGCGUCGCACCAAGUGGUUUCGUUCUUCGCGCAACAUCGAAGAAGGUGAUGUGGUUGCGGUCUGCAACGAGCCUACUCCUCCGACGAAGUGGACGCUGGCAAGAGUUACUAAAUGCCAUCCUGGUGCUGAUGGGCGCGUAAGAGUGGUUACGUUGAAGACACCGCAAGGCGAACUAGUUCGGCCCAUAGUUAAGCUCUGCCUCUUACCAACGAAAGGAGAUAUAUUUCAUGAAGAAGUCUAG